AUGUCUACCAAAUUUCCAGAGAUACAGGGAGGGGGUUCCUUGAUUCUCGCAUGGCAAAUCAAGGGCAAAGAGGUCCUUGUCGUAGGUGGUGGUGAGGUUGCGGCCGGUCGCAUUGUUAACCUCCUCAACGCCGACGCCAAAGUGACUGUCGUCUGCCCUGCUGAAGGUCUCAAUGAAGAGGUGGCAUAUCGAGUCGACCAGGGCCAGGUCAAGCAUGUGGACCGCGUCUUCCUCCCCCUUGACCUCGAACCUCAAAAGAAAGUUGCAAUGGUCCUGACUGCAAUCGACGAUCCGGACGCAUCUACACGGAUAUGGAAAUACUGCAAGCAACUCAAAGUGCCCGCCAAUAUUGCCGAUGUCCCCUCGGAGUGCGACUUCUACUUUGGCAGUGUCCACCGCGACGGACCACUUCAAAUCAUGGUGUCGACGAACGGCAACGGACCGAGGAUGGCAGCAGCCAUUCGCAGACAAAUAGGCCAGAUGCUCCCAAAGGGGACCGGCGACAGCAUCAAGAGAGUAGGGCAACUCAGAAGAAAGCUCCGAAUGGUCGCACCCGGAAAGGGCACACGAGACAUCAGCAAGAGGAUGGGCUGGAUGAGCGAAGUCUGUGAUAAAUGGAGCACUGACGACUUCAACGAUAUGAACGACGACGAUAUGGAAAGGUUGGUUCAAUAUUACGAGUCGGGCAUAGUUCCAAGUUUUGAAGAGAUCAGGCUUGGGGAUCGAGGCGACGUGGUGUGGGAGUUUGAUGGUUCUUUUGGAUGGAUGUAA